GGCCGCGCGCGCACGAUGCCGUCUCAAGUGGGCGGUCCGGUGUCCCCCCCUCUCACAUGGGCCAAUAAAUUCACGCCGUCGUUGCGUAACAACACUGCAGUCAGUCAGCGCCGCUUCGCCUCCGCUCUUUUACCCCCGCAUCCUCACCUCCUCACCAUGGCAGCUCCGAAGAAAGUCUGCAUCGUGGGCUCUGGAAACUGGGGCUCCGCCAUCGCCAAGAUCGUGGGGACCAAUGCCGCUCACAAUCCAAAGUUUGACAACACGGUGAAAAUGUGGGUGUUUGAGGAGAUGGUGAACGGCAGCAAGCUGACGGAAAUCAUCAACUCCACCCACGAGAACGUCAAGUAUCUUCCUGGACACAAACUGCCGGAGAACGUGCUGGCGGUGCCAGACCUGGUGGACGCCUCAAAAGACGCAGACAUCCUGAUCUUUGUGAUCCCUCACCAGUUCAUCGGUAAAGUGUGCGACACCAUGAAGGGCAAGAUUAAAAGUGACGCCCUGGGAAUAUCCCUCAUUAAGGGCGUAGACGAGGGCCCUGACGGACUCAAACUCAUUUCGGACGUUAUCCAGGAGAAGCUCGGCAUCGCGAUGAGCGUGCUGAUGGGGGCCAACAUUGCCAAUGAGGUUGCAGACGAGAAGUUUUGCGAGACAACGAUUGGCUGUAAAAACAAGAACCACGGAUCUCUUCUGAAGGAGCUCAUGCAGACCAAGAACUUCAGAGUGACUGUAGUGGAAGAACUUGACGUGGUGGAAAUCUGCGGCGCUCUGAAGAACAUCGUCGCGGUAGGUGCAGGCUUCUGCGAUGGCUUGGGCUUCGGGGACAACACCAAAGCAGCCGUGAUCCGUCUGGGCUUGAUGGAGAUGAUCGCCUUCGCCCGCAUCUUCUGCACCGCCGGACCCGUGUCCUCCGCAACCUUCCUGGAAAGCUGCGGCGUGGCCGAUCUCAUAACCACCUGCUACGGCGGGCGCAACCGUAGGGUGGCGGAGGCUUUCGUGAAGACUGGAAAGUCCAUCGAGGAGCUGGAGAAAGAGAUGCUGAAUGGUCAGAAGCUGCAGGGCCCAGCGACGGCAGCAGAGGUCCACCUCAUCCUCAAACACAAAAACAUGAUCGACAAGUUCCCCUUGUUCAACGCGGUGUAUCAGAUCUGCUUCCAGGGCCAUCCGGUCACAGAGUUCAUCAGCUGUUUGCAGAACCACCCCGAGCACAUGUAGAGGGAGAGCUUCCUUCAUGGGGAAACAUGACCACUUUACAGUUUGCUGCCAUGAGUGAACGGAGGAGGACACAGCUGCCGGGCGACUUGACAUCUCCAACUUAUGAGCCCACUUUGAGGUCAGAGAACAAGGGCUCGGCUUCCAUUUAAUCACACGGGUUUUUGCUCCGGUUCCAGAAGAAAAACUUUUUAGACCUUUUAUACUUCUAAAAUUAUGACAGCAUCCACAUUUGGUGUUUUGUCUUUUAAUCUUAGUAAUAAUUUGGAAAUUUCCUCCACAUUGACUGCCAUCAUGUUUAUGAAGUAACAAAUACUGAAUUAGUAGAGAAACAUUGUUGAUGCGGUCCUAAUGCUACCGUCCACUGAACACUCAGAUGUCUGAUCAUCAGGAGCAGUACCUCAUCUUGAUUCUGAUGUUUCUUUACUGUAAAGAAGCAUCAUUUUAAAUGCAUAACCAUAUUUAAUGUAAAGGUAAUGUGCCUUAAACUGCAUGUUAGUUUUUGUAAUCAAACCAGCAACUAAACUACUUUUAUUUUUGACUUCCAACUCCCAGCUACAGUGUAGUGUUGUAGAGCAGAUAUUUAACUGUUUAAAAACUGCAAUGCAUUUUGGGAAGCUGCUAAGCUCCAGUUGCCAAACUGAUGAAGAUGAUCCAAAUGUAACAGAAUUAUUCAUUAAAUGUUUGUUACUGUGAUUCUGCAUACGCACAGGUCUACUCCAAUAGGAGUUCAGCAUAAUCUGGAUCCGUCUGGAUUAAAUUGAUUCAAGAAUUAAAUGUUUCUCGUUUUUCUUGA